GAUUAUAUAUAGGUUCAUGGUUGUGUGCCCCCUCCCUUACACAUAUUAUGUAAUAUUUUAUUUUGUCUUAUUUUUAUUCAUAAUUGAGGAAGAAGUUGUUGCACAUUUUCCACAGAGGGACUCGUGCACAUUAGAUAAGUGGGCUGGAAGCUGUUCAUCUGCAGCUUUUCUUUGUUUUUUGUCUGCACACUGAGGCCCCGCCCCAGCGGCAACUCCCCCCUAUGACGUCACCAGAGGCUGGCUCUGGUCCGCAGCGUGGAGAGCGGAACGUGAGCUCGCGCUGUGGUGUGACUGACUGACUGACUGCGCUGUCAGUGACAAACAAAAGCGGGAGCAGCGCCGCUCCUCAGUCACGGGAUCCCGGGGGAUUUGUGCGGGAAUGUCACGCAUUCCGAGGCUUGGAGAGAUGCACGUUUGCUGAUGGAGCUGCAGCUCUGACCCCACGCGGUCCUCGACAUGGAUUAGUUCUUGCACAACGUCUCCAACAAACAUCUCCAUGGUGCUGGAAAGGGACAUCAUGGACAGGAUCGGCUCCACCAUGCAGAAGAAGGCAGCAGAGCUGGAGAGGCUGGCUGAGGUUCUGGUCACAGGAGAACAGCUGAGACUGCGCCUGCAUGAAGCCAAGGUGAUCAAAGAUCGAAGGCACCACCUCCGCACUUACCCAAACUGCUUUGUGGCCAAGGAGCUCAUCGAUUGGCUGCUUGAGCAUAAGGAGGCCUCUGACCGAGCCACUGCCAUCAAGAUCGUGCAGAGGCUCAUGGACCAGAGCAUCAUUCACCAUGUGUGUGAUGAGCACCGGGAGUUCAAAGACAUGAAGCUGUUUUACCGCUUCAGGAAGGACGACGGCACCUUCCCGCUGGACAGCGAGUCCAAGGUCUUCAUGAGGGGUCAGCGGCUCUACGAAAAACUGAUGAACACAGAAAACACUCUAAUUCAGAGCAGACAGGAGGAAGGCUCGCUGUUCGAGCGCUCGCUGGUGGCCUCGGAGUUCAUCGACUGGCUGCUGCAGGAGGGAGAGACUCCAACCAGGGAGGAGGCCGAGCAGCUGGGAAGGAGGCUUCUGGAGCACGGCAUCCUUCAGCACGUCACCAACAAACACCAUUUCGUGGACGGGCCUCUCCUCUACCAGUUCCGCAUGAACUUCCGGCGUCGGCGGCGGUUGCUGGAGCUGCUUCACGAGCGCAGCCGCAGCAUCCCGGAGAGCCACGACAGCCCCUUCUGUCUCCGUAAGCAGCAGUCGGAUGGAGGCAACAGCAGCUUCCUCUCAGUGAGUCCCACCAAAGAGAUAAAGGCUGUGGUGGGGGUUCGGCGCAGCAGCAUGAGCAGCAGCUGUGGCAGCAGCGGUUACUACAGCAGCAGUCCCACUCUCAGCAGCAGUCCGCCUGUCCUCUGCAACCCCAAAUCCGUUGUUAAGAGACAAGUGACUCCAGAGGAGCUGCAGAAACCAGGAGGAUCUUUUGCGAAGAAGACAUUCACUAUUAUUGGGGAUGCUGUUGGUUGGGGUUUUGUGGUGCGAGGCAGCAAACCGUGUCACAUCCAAGCUGUAGACCCCGGUGGACCGGCAGCUGCUGCUGGCAUGAAGGUGUGUCAGUUCGUGGUGUCUGUGAACGGGCUGAACGUCCUCAGCCACGACUACCGGACCGUCAGCAACCUGAUCCUGACGGGUCCCAGGACAAUCGUCAUGGAGGUCAUGGAGGAGGUUCCAGACCACCUUCACCCAUGAACAAAGAAGGGCAGUAUAGUGAAAAGAGUUCUGUUUAUUGACUCUAAAAGCACAUUGACCAAGAAAAAUGGAUGCCUUUGAAAGAACUCGCUUUCAUGUCUGUUUGAGGUGGGUGGUUGAAACGCAAAGGAGUAGAAAAAGUAUUUGUUGAUUGUGUUUUAGGGGAAACAAAACUGUUGCUGACCAUAACAGAGUGUGAGAGGAAGUGAAACAAAGUGGAGAUAAACAAGGCAGAGCCGAAAGUGUAAAAACAGGAAUAAACAUUUCAUGGAUAUAUUCAGUGACCUUUGCCCCAGUAAGAGUCUUUAGAAAGACCCGCUGUUUCCUGCUGCGCCACACUGCCCUCUGCUGGUCAACACAGGAAGGUGCAUAAAGCAUCAAAAUUACCUUGUAGUUUUUAUUCAUUCAUUUUUAGUGUUAAAUUGAGGAAAACACAACAAAGUUCACUGAUAAAGUGCAUGUGAAGGUACUGAACAGCUUUUUACUCAAACAUUUGCAGACAUGUUUUGAAAAAUCCCAAUAGAUUGAGUCAUAAAAUAACAGUUACAGUUAAACUUUUAAAACAGGUCUUCAAAAUAAAUAAGAUUAUAGAUGUUUAAAAAGCUUUAUAAGAAAAUAGAUGUGUAGGUUAAAUAUAAAAAAGAGGUAUAGAUUUGUAACAUAGAUCUCUAAGGUUUUUAAUUUUCAAUCUUAAAAAAAAUGAAAAAAACCCAUAAGCACUUUGAAAAGUGAUUUAUAAGUGCAACUUUGAGUGUAAUCCAGUGAUGGUUUUAACAAUUUGUGCCAAAUGAUGUUGAUUUCAUUAAACUAUAGCCCUUUGCUUCUCAAUGCUAACAUUUUUUGACAGUUAGCUUCAGGUUAUGUCUGGUUUCAGAUAUUUAAAAAAAAACAACCUCAUAAAGUUUUGUUUGCUCAAUGCUUUGCUGUGAAGAAAGAAUGUGAUUUGGUAGAUUUGGGUUUUCAGAUGGUAACCAUGUUAUUUUUGUUUUUCCCCCCAGCACAAAAAAGAAAAUAUUUUGAUGUUAAAGUCCCACUCUGGUCAUCCUUUUAUCUAUUUUAUUAAUCAUUCUCAGUGGUCUUUUAAUUAUGAUUAUGUAGCUUUCAGACUAAAUCAAACAACCUGAUAGAAAUUAGCUUGAGUUGUGGGCGGGACUAAUAGCGCGGAGUAAGCCUGUUUCCACUUCCCAUCACACCUGUGCGUGUAAGCUAGUGGAAAACUAGCUUAGGCUAGCAGGAGAGCUAGCUGUAAGCUAACAACCCUAACCUAAUAUUACAGCUGCAACAAAAAUCACAAGCAAUAUUUUUUGUUUGCUCCUAACUCAUUAGCUUAAUUCUUCGUCCUCCAUCAUGAGAAAAAUGCUCCCAAAAACACAAUUUUCACUGGAGUGGGUCUUAAAAGAGAGAAACCUCGAGAGAAAACAUGUGUGGCUAGAAGCUUGUUUAGGUUUUAUUCAAACUCCCACAAAAACAUUUGUUUUACUGAAGUUGUUUCUUCAUCACGUCAAUCUGUGUUUGCAAAAGCAUCAAAAGAAAAUGUUAGAAAUAAGGACAUUUUGUGACUGUGAUUAACACGUUCUGUGUAAAUCUUCUCUUUAAAGAAAUGUUUAGUUUCAAUCCCAGAUUGUUGGGUUUUAGAAUGAAACAAAUUGACUAAGAUGGAUGUUCUUUCUCUUGUUGUGAACCUGCAGUGUUUUCUGUGAGUCUGUGUUAGUCUAGCUGUCGCAGUGAACUGCAUUCAGACGUGGCGUUUGCUGUGUACUAAAGCUCUGAGAUGCACGGCUGCUGUAAACGUGUUUGCAUGUAGCUUUACCUCCUCACCCCAACCACUUCCUGGGUCACGGGGUCACACAGAGUUCAUCUGGGAGAUUGUUUUACAGUGAAAAACACGUGAAGCCAAACUGUUGCCAAAUCUGGAGGCAGAUGGAUAUUAGAUGCACAAAGAUAAUGUCUUUCCUGACUCUGAUUACAAAGGGAGAAUCUGCACAGAGAACAGCUGUACCUCAAGUAAAUCUUCAGAUCAGCACAUAAGGUUCUGAGAACUUUCAGUACAACUUUACUAUUUGUUUAUAUUUUUGCUAAAUAUGUAACGGCCUUAAAAUCACAAAAAAAAGAAACAUUUAUUCUCCUGUCUCUUACUUACCCAGCCAUUCCUGCUCAAAUAACAACAAGGUUCAUGUAGUUUGUUAAAUUGUAAGAUUUAUUAGAAGUUUUUUGAUAAAUAAUCCUAAAAACAUAUCAAUAUUUCAGGAUCAUAUGAAGCUCCUCACGUCAUUGUAGCUUUGUUAGAUAAUCUAUGGAAUCCAAUCAUGAAUUUAUGAAUGAUGCCAUGUGUGUUAUUAUUUAGCCAGGAUUUAUGUAAAUGUUCAAAAUUUACUCCUUUAGAAAAACAGAGAUGUUUGGAUGUUUUUUUAAUCAUAGUAAAAAAUAAAGAUAAAGUUUAAGACUUGUUUUUUUUUCCUUUAAGAGUUAGUUUUUAUUAAGAAAAAUCUCUUUUUUGCUGUUGUUUUUGAAGCGUGUUGGAUGUUAUCUGCUGGAGGGAGCUUCACGUAGCGGAAAUGUUGCUUCGCAUAGAUGACUGCUUUGCUUUCAGGGGAAAAAAGGACUCUUCGCUCGUAUAAAUGUUUAGGUUUGGUGGCCAGGAUGAAAAACGGGUUUACUGACUGUUUAACUGAAAGUUUCCGCCUUAACGUAUGGUUUUGCUGCUAAUGUCAGCUGCGUCGGUAUUUUUCCACUUUUUGUUUCUCUAUAUCUUGUUGGUGUUUGGCCAAUACUGCCUUGAGAUGGCACAAAGAGCAGGGAUCACAGCUUCACCCUGCCAUCAUCGCCAUUGUAUGUUCAGAUGUCAGACUGGUACAAAAACAAGACUUUUCUUUGUAUUCUCAUGUUGAGGCUGAAGUUCAGCAGGUACUAAAGUGGUUUUUUUCAGCCACAAUGAACUGAAUGUUGGAUUUGGAGAUGAUACCAGCUCAGCCGGUUUCAUUACUGUAAUCUAAUACAAUAAAGUGUUUAUAAAACUGAA